CCUCGUCAGUUUCCGUAUCAGCCACAUCCCGGAGAGGGCUGACGUAACGCUGCCGUUCACAGAAAGAGCAGCUCUCAGGGCUGCGAGAGUGGCCCUUUAUUCAACAUACAAACACGGAGAAUACACCACACACCGAAGGAGUGUUACUAUUUGUCCUCAAUCGGGGGAAGCGGGCGGAAUAAGGGAUUUCGUCGUCGCCUCUGCCCUUCCUGUUCAGCCUUUUGUUUUUCCAGCCCUCGGUCUGAGCAGGUGUGCAGCAGCGCCCCCUGCGAGCCAUCCGAGAACAGUCCGAGGAUAGGGAGCCAGACGAGCGGCCGUGCCUCUUGCCUCCCGUGCGACGUGGGUCUGCCCAGCUCAGCUGUCCGAUGCGGAGUGAGGAUGAGUCCCGCUUUGGAAGCCCUCAUGCAGGCGGACGGGACUCCUUAUCCCGCAAAAGGGGUGAUGCUUGAACCCUUCGUGCACCAGGUGGGAGGCCACUCCUGCGUGCUACGAUUUGGGGAGCAGACCAUUUGCAAACCCCUCAUUCCACGAGAACAUCAGUUCUACAAGAGCCUUCCUCCAGAGAUGAGGAAGUUCACCCCCCAGUAUAAAGGUGUGGUGUCCGUCAGUUUCGAAGAGGACGGGGAAGGGAACCUGUGCCUCAUUGCCUACCCCCUUCACAGCGAAUCAGGGGACCUGGAAAACAAAGACCCCUCGACCGACUGCGAGCCCAAGAGCAAGAUUCUGAAGUGGAGCAACAAGAAGCAGUCCUCCCUGCUUCUGGAGAACGACAACUACAGCAAAGACAGAGCUCGACACAGCCGGAAAGAAGACAAGAUCAUGAGCUAUAACCGCGAAGAGGUGCAGCAGCAGCAGGCGGAGGUUUUGUACUUCAGCCUGGAGAAAGGCAACGUGGUUCCACAGAUCAAACACAACCCAUGGAGUCUGAAAUGCCACCAGCAGCACCUGCAGCGGAUGAAAGAGAACGCAAAGCACCGCAACCAAUACAAAUUUAUCCUUUUGGAAAACCUGACGUGGCGCUACAGAGUACCAUGCGUCUUAGACCUGAAGAUGGGAACCCGCCAACAUGGAGACGAUGCAUCGGAAGAGAAGAAAGCUAAUCAGAUCCGCAAGUGUCAACAGAGCACCUCUGCAUCUAUCGGGGUGCGACUUUGUGGCAUGCAGGUGUACCAGCCGGACACGGGCCAGCUGAUCUUCAUGAAUAAGUACCACGGGCGUAAGCUGACCCUGGCGGGCUUCAAGGAGGCUCUCUACCAGUUUUUCCACGACGGCUGCCGCCUCCGUCACGAGCUGCUGUCACCCGUGCUGCGCAGCCUCCGCGAAAUGCAGGCGGCCCUCGAGGCCUGCGAGUCCUACCGCUUCUACUCCAGCUCCCUGCUCGUGAUCUACGACGGAGACCCUCCCAGGACGCCCACCCGGCCCAGGCAUCGAGGUGGGGAAGAAGGUGAUGAGGAUGAGCCGUCUGACGAAGAGGAGGACGGGGAGGAGGAGGAAGAUGCGGAGGGAGGGGCGUUCGGUUUCCCCCGCUCCUCCGGCAGUGCCGGCGUGGCCGGCGGGAGCGGCGGCCGCUCAGGAGAAGCCAGCAGCCCCGCGGUGGACGUGCGCAUGAUCGACUUUGCUCACACCACCUGUCGGCACUACGGAGAAGACAGCGUGGUGCACGAGGGCCAGGACAGCGGAUUCAUCUUCGGCCUCCAGAAUCUGAUCACCAUAAUCUCCCAGCUGGAGGAUCACAGCACUGAUUGAGGCUGCGCCGGAGCAGCUUGUUCUGAAUCCCAAGCAUGGAAAGAGCUCGUCGAGCUCGGAGCCCUGCCACCCCGAGGUGCAUUGUCCCCGUGCCUGCAGCGGGGUCCGCUCGGUGGAAACCUCAGGCACCUCUGAGUCGGGGGAGAGUCUGCGUGUCCGUUCCUGCGCUCUCACACGCCCGCCAGAGGACGGGGCCGCCGGUGCCCUUCCUAGCACUUUUUCUGAGACUCCUCCUUUUCUUUGUUGUACAUGGUAGGAGAAACGUCUCGCAUACAAACACAGGAACUCCCUGUCGCGUCCCAGGAUUUUCCUUCCCCUCUCCUCCUCUGGUACAGAAAAGUUCCUUUAUUAAGUUCUCUCUGAGAGAGAAAGAGCGAGGCAGAGAAAAGUGAAGCUGUUGUAGUUAGAUAGGAGCCUGUUGUGGUGCUUUACCUGUGAUACGAUAUACUUUUUUUUUGGUUGUUUUUGGAUAGUUUGGACUGCCAUUCCCCAGAAGCACAGCACAAUUAGUGGGGAAGCUGACCUUUGCUGGCUGGGUCAGCAGCCUUGUAGCAAUUGACAAGUUAAAAGCAUCUGAUAAGGACAUUUAUUUGUUUAUAUUGGUAUCGCUUAAGAACCUGGCAACAACUACAGUUUGUGUCCACCAUGCACUUGGAUUUCUACUUUUUGGUGGACGACGAUUUUGCUCUGGAAGAAGGGAUUUGCCUUUUUUUCAACCGUUGUUCUACCUUGUACUUUUUUUGCCUAAAAAAAAAAAGACUUUUGCAAAGUUGAGAAUAUGAUUUCUUUGUCACUGGUUUUGUUUCCAUUGAAUUUGUUCCUUUUCAUUCCUGAAAAUUGACUCAACUUGAGUGAAUAUAUUGAUGAAAACACUAGCUACAAAGACUAUUUAUUCAAAAGGACAGUUUGAAAAUGGAAGCAAGUACAUUCCAUGUUACCACUUUAAAUGUUUUGUCCUCUUGAUGCAGACUUACUUAUUUUGUUAUUGCAGAAGCUCUCUUGUAUACUUGUGUGUUAACUGUCUUGGAAAAUAAAGGCAUUCAUUG